AGUCAAGGUAUAUUUAAUUAUAUUCAUAUGGUUUAUAAUAAUCUUGUACAACCAUCUGAUAUGCAAAACCUAAGGACGUUGAAUUAAUUGCACUUUAAUAUAUAACUACUCAAUUAAUCGAUCAAUACGGCACAUGGUGGAUUCGUGAGUUUAAAGUUUCAGUACAAAAUUUAUUUAUUGUCCAUAUACACACACACACACACACAGCUUUGCAAAUUAGUUGGAUUACCGGAACAACUCACAUGUACCAGAAUGUCAACUUUUCUUGGGCUUAUUAAGGAGAUACCUGGAAUCUCAGUGGAUCGUUUUGAUGAAGAAAACUUAACAUCUUCUGUGUUCUUUCUUAGUCAUUGUCAUUAUGAUCAUAUGCAAGGAUUAUCUGAUGUAUUUUUUGAACAUUUAAAUGUACAUAGUAAAUAUCUUUAUUGCAGUCCGAUUACAAAGGCAUUAUUACAAAAUAAAUUUAAUUUUAGAACUUCUUGUGUUAAGACAAUAGAUAUUGAUAAACCUGUUAUUGUAGAAUAUAAACUAGACAAUGAAGAUAAAAUUAUUAUUACUGUAACAUGUGUCUCAGCAGGACAUUGUCUUGGAUCUGUAAUGUUUCUUUUUGAAAGAGAUAAUUUAUUAGUGUUAUAUACUGGUGAUUUUCGCAUUAAUCCUAUGGAUUUUCCAAAGUUGAAAGGUCUACAUUAUCAUAAAAAUUCGAAAUUAGUGCCUAGGACUUUUACUAAAAUUUAUCUUGAUACAACAUUUUUGAGUAACGAUUUUCCUUCUUUCCCCAGUAGAAUAAAAAGUAUGACUAAAAUGAGAGAUGUUGUUCAAAACUGGUUAAGUGAAGACCCAAGGAACGUUGUUAUUCUGGAGUGUUCUGCCAAUUAUGGUUCUGAAUUUCUCUUUGUAGAACUUUCUAAACUUUUAAAUAUGAAAAUUCAUAUAAAAGAUUUUAUAUAUAACAGUUAUUGUCGAAUUGGAGAAUUAUCCAAUCACGUUACAAAUGAUGCAUAUAGUACUCCAAUUCAUGCAUGCAAAAACAAAUUUACUUCGCCAAAUUUAUAUUGUCGACAUGAUGUGAGCAUUGAAAACAUCUUAAUAAUAAUUCCAUCUGUAAUGAAAUGGAGGAAAAAAGAUACAAGCAUAGUUGGAACAUGGGAUGAUGUUAAAGAAAGAACUUUUAAUAUAUGCUAUUCCACUCAUUCUUCUUACAAUGAACUUAGAGCAUUUCUUCAAUAUUUCAAAGCAUUGGAAAUAUAUCCAUGCGUAGUUAAGACAGAAAGCGAAGAAGAAACUUAUCGUUUACUAAAUGAAAUAACAGCAAAGUCAGAUGAAAAGGUAUCAGUGAAAGAAACAUAUGAAUUAGAAUUACCUGAUUAUAAACUAUUAAAUAAACCUUCAUUUAAGUCUAAAUAUUUUAGCAGUGAUGAGGAUAGUUCAUGAUAAUAUUUAAUAUUUAUUUUAGGAAUGAUUGAUUAUUGUAAUUCAUACAAUAUGACAUAAACAUGAAUUAUGUAGAUUAUAUUGUUAUAUAUAUAAUUUUGUAUUUUUUUCAUAUGUUGACACAAAAAUUGUAUUUGUAAUAAAUACGAA